AUGGCCAAAAAAUUAUCGUUCUCCGAUCACCCAAAGCAACAGACUCCCCCAAUGCCGUCUUCUCAUCCCCAUAUUAUAGGCGCCGUCGGAGGCGUGAACUCUCUUCCUCAGGAGGAGGACGACGAGGACGAUAUAUGUCCUGUAUGCGAGAGCGAGUGUACUUGCCGGAGCAGGUCUGCUCUCUCACGCCCCGCCAGAAACAGCAUCGUAUCACCUUCAGUUCCCUCUAUCUCUUCUUCCGUCGGCUCGGUCGUGACCCCCCCGCCAGUACCGACCGCUGGCUCGCAGAGCCUCAAGAUCAAGCUUACCCUGCCUCCAAAUCUCAAGUUCCGCAAGCACCACACUGCGGACCACUCCGAUCUCGGCGGUACUCACACGUCCUUCGCUCCCGAGCCAUCAGAUGCUGCGCUAGCCACCAACAGUCACACCGCGUCUCAAAACGCAGCGCGCGGUAUGCAGGAUACUGCUGUCAAACGCCGGUGCCGUCCCCCCAAGCGCGUCGUUGCUGCCCGGGGAGCAGCCAAGGCAGCGUUGCCUGCGUCUCAGGGCGUGACCGACAGCGGUAUCGUCACGUACGUCAAUGGCGGACAGGCUUAUUCGCAACCCGCAGGUGGAAGUGUAGCUCCCGCGCAUGGCAGUGCGACCGCCAGGUACAACCCUGUCAAGAGAAAAGCAGUCUCUGGAGCGAACAACAAGAAAUCCAAGGGCAAAACCACAACCGGGAGGCUCCCUACCUCUGCUAACGUCCGGAAAAACCUGGUUGUGCCGCCGAAGAAUUACAGCGAUGACGGCUUCCCAACAUUCAUUUCAGCAGAGUCCACGUCCCUGCAAACGACCUCGUCUGAGUCGUCCGCCUCUGACUCAGAGUUGUCGUCAUUAGACUCCGAGAUAGAGUCGGAGACCCACUUCCUGAUGCGCGAGGAGAAUGCGAGGGCGCAACCCAGACAGCUGCUGGGUAACGAUGGGCCACAGAAAAGACGCGAGCAUGUUAAUGGUAAUGCCUGGGAGAUACGUCCCAGGAAGAAGAGCGUGAGUGCGGAUGAGGACGACGCAGACAUGGACACCGGUGAAAGCAGCGACGACGAAGAUGACAGUGCCGGUGAAGACAUCAACGAUGAUGAUGACGACGACGACGAAAAUGUCGAGGCAGACAUAGAGGGAGAAGGGCUAGUGCAAGAUGCGGACGAAAAUGACGGCAGGCUUGGCGUCAGCUUCCGCGGUGUAGGCUGGAGUGACGACGAGGACGAGGAGUCUUCGUUUGACGCGGACCUGUUUUUCGCGAAUCUUGACGGUUCUUCGGAUUCCGACUCACCCUCACCUGCACAGCACGAUGACAAUGCUUCUGAUACUGCUUCGGACGUCGAUUUGGGAAGCUCCUUGUCCGUCGACGAAGAAGACGCACUGCGGCUGAUGGACAUUGACCCUACAGUCAGCUUCCGUCGCUCGAAUGGCGAGUUCGAGUUUGGGCUUGGGCUCGACAACUUGUCGUUCGGUUGGGAUGGCCAGGUUCUUUUCACGAACAGCCGACCGCAGAGCGCCAUGGAUAUUGGCUUCGGGGUAGGGCCUCCAGAUGGAGACGUGGAGAUGCUCCCUCUAGUGGAAAACUCUCGCCGGUAUGACGAGGACGAGUCCACAACCGCGGACAAGAUACUUCUCGAGGAGUCCGACGGAGAAACGACCGAAGAUGAGCUCGUGGAUUCUGACGGUUUGCCGAAUCCUCGUGCUAUGAUGCUUUUCCGCUGGCCAAGCACGGUCUCCGCCAUCGAUCCUCUGUCCACCUUGGGUCAGACUCCUAGUACGCCUCCGCGUGCACCGCCAAAUGCUUCCGAGAGCAUGCGUAUUGCUCUUGCAUCGUUCUCCGCUCACCAGAGUUCUCCUGCACCUACGCCUGCAGACAUCCUUACGGCCAAGAUCUCAAUGGACGACUUGGAUGAAAUUGAGAUGGACAAGGGUAGAAAGUCAUCGAAGACUGCUAGACGUUCAGCUCCUGUACCGAUUAUGGGCGAGUUCGUCGCUGCUGCAGAGAAUCUCCAAGCUUGUGCCGUCAUCGAUGGAAAGGGCGGUAUCGUUCCGAGUCCUUUCCCCAGAUCCAAGCAGUCAAGUCGACGUUGCGAUGCGAGGGAGCAGGGGAGCAAUGAGCUUGGCCCGGAUACAGCCAACGCCCUUGUAGACUCGAUACAUUCUUCGGUUCAUUCCUCUGACGAAAAUAUGUCGCAGUCCCAGUUGCAGUCGUCAGAACUUUCGUCCACCGACGUCAUCGAUCUUGACGACGUUCUAGACUCUUCCUUCCUGGACUCGGAUGUCGACGACUGUGACUUGCCCCUCGAGCAGUUAACGUCAACGGAAGGUUCGGUCGGUGGGAAUCACAUACAGAGCCUCAGUCGCUGGGACCGCAUCCCGAUGGCGACGUUCCGGAGGACUCGCGAGACGGUCGUGGGCUCUGUCAUCAACGAUGCACCGAGCUCAGACACUGGUCUCGGUGCCUAUGGCGGUAUGAGCACCAUGAUCGGCGGUGCCAUGCUCACAAAUACGAGAGCAAGUGACAAGAAGUCGCCGACGUCAUGUUCGUCCCGGAAGCGCUCGAAAGCCAAGGGGACGAACGGAGCAAUGCUGCCCCCCUUCCCCUUCCCUCUCAGCCGCGAUGGUGACAGGACUCCAACGUCCUCAAGUCCGCGCAUGUCGCAUUCGUCGCUCAACCAUACGCACAGCAACAAGACGAAGAAGGAGCUGAGGCGGGAGAAGGCCAUGCUCAAGCGGAAGAUGAUGAGCAAACCGCUACCGCCUCGCCAGCAGCAUCUGUAUCGCGCACACCAUGCCAAUUACAAAUCUCGUUCGUCGAGCUCAAUGCAACGCACUGGACAUUUCGCCGGUUCAAACACAUCGCCCUGCAGCGUGUAA